AUGGUGCCAUCAGAGGCAGAAAUCAUUCACUUGACUCCAUGGGAUCUCGCGUUGAUCACAGUGGACCACAUCCAGAAGGGGAUCCUCCUGCCCAAGCCUGAGACAGGAGGCGGACAGCUCGUUGAUGACCUUGCUUCGUCCUUCGCUAGGGCGCUGGGCCGUUUCUACCCACUGGCUGGCCGUCUCACUGCCUCAGAGAUCACGGACGGUGUUUCAAGUCCAAGCCUCGCCAUCUCUCUCUGCUGCAAUGGUGAAGGUGCCGAGUUCAUUCAUGCCGUGGCUCCUGAGGUCACUGUGAGCCAGAUAACCACCCCACUGUACAUCCCGUCAGUCAUGUGGUCCUUCUUCCCGCUGAACAGGCUGCUGAAUGUGGAAGCUGUUGUGAGCUCCCUCCCUGUGCUGGCCGCACAGGUCACUGAGCUCGCAGAUGGCAUCUUUAUUGCAAUGUCGCUCAACCAUGGCGUCGCCGAUGGGGCUACAUUCUGGCUCUUCUUCAACACCUGGUCAGAGAUAAACCGGCGUAGCAGCAGUGGAGGUGAAGGGUACAAGCUGUCCACACCGCCGCCUGUGUUGGACAGAUGGUUCCUCGACACCUGUCCAGUGCCAGUCCCUCUACCCUUCGGCAAGCUGGAGGACAUCGUCCAGCGACCUGAGUACUCGCCGGUGCAAGAAUGUUUCUUCCACUUCUCUGCGGAGAGCAUAAAGAGGCUCAAGACGAAGGCAAAUGCCGAGAUGGCGGGAACUGCGACGGCCACCAUCUCCUCGCUGCAGUCCCUGCUCGCUCACCUUUGGCGAGCUGUGUGCCGAGCCCGGGGGCUCGCACCACACCUGGAGACCACGUACAAGCUUGCCAUUGGAUGCCGCGCUCGGGUGAAGAGUAUACCACAAGAGUACAUGGGCAACGCUGUGGUACUUGAUGUCGCAAAAUCCACUGUCAGCGACGUCCUCGACAAAGGGCUCGGCUGGGCGGCGUGGCUCCUGAACCGCGUCGUGGCGUCGUUCGACGAGGCGAAGGUGAGGAACAAUCUCGCCUGUUGGGCCCAGAAGCCGAACCUGUUGUAUGCAAAACCCUCCAGGAACCGUCCGCAUACCGUGACCGGGAGCUCGCCACGGUUCGACGUGUACGGUAAUGACUUUGGAUGGGGCCGGCCGUUGGCCGUCCGGAGCGGCGCUGGGAACAAGGUGGAUGGGAAGGUGACCGUGUACGAGGGACGCGACGGCGGAGGCAGCAUGGCCUUGGAGGUGUGCCUGUCUCCUGAGGCACUCAGCAGGCUAAUCGCCGAUGAGGAGUUCAUGGAGGCCGUGAGCACCGUGUGA